AUGAAUUUAACAGUGAAUUUGUAUUAUUUUGUUGAUGUUGUUAUAGUGACCUGUUUAAUUAUUAAAACAUGGUCCAAUACCAAGUCUAACAACAAGUCGGAUAUCAAGACUCUGUCCAAUGUCAAGUCCAAUGUCAAGACCAAUGUCAAAAACAAGUCUUUUUUUGAAUUAAAAACAAAGGAUAUUACAGCAGCAUCUAAAAAACAACCAAAACCAUCAGUAAAUAACACGACACAGUCAGUGGUGGUGAAAAUAACCAAACCAACAAAAUAUUUGAUCUACCUCUGUGAUAGUAAACGAUAUUGUGGUGGUUUCGGUGAUCGACAGCGGGGAAUAGCUUACGCCUUCAUGGCUGCGAUUCAGUUGGAUAGAAAAUUUGGAAUCGUUAUGUCUACACCUUGUGAUGUUCGACAAUUUUUUAUUCCAAAUAAAUACAAUUGGAUUAUUCCUGAAAGUGACCUGAUCGGGAAACCACAGAAACUCAUCAACUCCGUUGGUUUAGGAGGCAUGAAUUUGUCAAACGACACUACCGAGGUGAUUUAUUUAAGAACUAAUGCCCCUGGAAAUGAUUACAUUUAUCGUCGUAUCCGGCAUAAAUUACCCCCAUAUCUAAAAGGUGGGACGACACGAAAACAAAUUUUUAAACUAAUUUGGGAAUCUUUGAUGAAACCAUCACGUCACGUGAUCAACCAUUUAAAAACGCUCGCUUUGCCCGAGAAUAUGACUUGUGCGCAUGUCCGGAUCGGAAAGAGUAAAAAUUUACCGAACGAUCCAGCGAGGAAUAAGUUAACCAGUGUGCCUAAACUUUGGGAUUUUAUGGAAAAAUUUAACAAAGCCAAUACAUUAUUUGUCGCAACUGACAAUAUCGAAGUUCGAGAUUCAGCACGACGGCGAUUCACGAAGCGUUAUUUCGAUUCCGAGGGAAAAAUCCUACACAUUGACAGACAAAAAGGACUGGACGCGGACUGCCUUGGGUUCGAAACUUCAAUAAUUGAUCAAAUCAUACUGUCCAAGUGUAGCGUUCUGAUUAUAUCAAGAAGUAGUUUCAGUUUUCGAGCCGCCAUGCUGGGAAAAAAAUCGAAAGAUCUUUAUAGCUUUCACGGGACGUCAAUAAAACCUUUCAAAUUGACCUGA